AUGGCAAGCACCUCCAAUGGAGAGGCUGAAAAAUGUACUGAUGAACCAAAGGCCAAGAAAGCAAAACUGCUCUUUGAAAAGGAGGAUGGCUCCAUACGAAUCCUUGAUGCUUUGUCAGCCAGUGGUUUGAGAGCGCUACGGUUUUCACAAGAGGUAGAAAAGGUCGACUUUGUAGUGGCCAACGAUUUCUCAGAGAAUGCCGUCGAGUCGAUUAAAGAGAACAUUCGUCUGAAUGGUGUCGAGGAUAAAGUUCGUGCUACGUUUGGCGAUGCAGUGGUGACGAUGAUGAGUCAUCGCAGCGUUGACAAACGGUUUCACGCUGUUGAUCUCGAUCCCUAUGGUUCCGCUUCUGUAUUUCUAGACUCCGCUGUACAGUGCGUUGCAGAUCGAGGUAUACUUAUGGUGACUUGUACUGAUAUGGCAGUUUUAUGUGGAAAUACACCAGAGACUUGCUACAAUAAGUACGGUUCGACUACAGUACGCCUAAAGUGUUGUCACGAAAUGGCACUGAGGAUUCUUUUACGGGCAAUAGAUUCUCAGGCUAACAAAUAUACUCGAUAUAUUGAACCACUGUUAUCUAUCAGCGUUGAUUUUUACGUUCGAGUGUUUGUUCGACUACAUACUGGUGCCAGAAUGGCCAAGGAAUCUGGAACGUGA